AGGUCAUCUAUAUCCAUGGAACCUUAUUGACUGGCCUGUGUACCUGUUGAAAAUAAGGAGUUCCAACCAUGGUGAACUUCUUUGGUGGACUUCCAUGUAAUCAGUGUGAGAGGAAUGCUUAAAUGAGUAUAGGCUAAAUUGACUUUGACCAUGGCAUCCCAAUCUCAGGAAAAGAGACCCAUCAAACGUUCUCGACUUGGACCUCCUGAUCUUUACCCCCAAGAUCCUCAUCAAAAAGAGGAUGAAUUGACUGGCAGCAAUGUGAAGCAUGGCUUCAGCUAUACACCACAGUUACCUGAUGAAUAUGGUUCAGCUCGCAAUCAUUCUCUUGCUGCCGCAAAGAUCUCAUCCUUCUUCAAUGCAAUAGUGAAUUUGAAGAAGAACAUCAAUACUUUGAGUGAUCCUGGUCGAAAGAGACAGCCUGUAAAUCAUAAGGACAACUUCUGGCUGGUGACAGCUAGGUCAAAGCAGGCCAUUGAUGCCUGGUUCAAGGAUUUGGCUGAUGACAAGCCUCUAUAUGUUCUUGGCAAGAAGGUGCCCAUCUUCAAUAAGAAGGAGGAUAUAUUCUUCAAAUUGAGUGAAUGGGGGGUACCCAUGUUGAGAGCUGCAUGGUACAUAAAAAUGACUUCUGCAUAUGCAACUGCUAUAUCUGAGGUUCGCACGAAGAAGAGUCGACAGUCAGCUGAUCCCACUCAGGAAUGGACACAAACAGUGACACGCUUUCUUCGGGAUCUCCUGGUGAAACUAGCUGAGAAGGAAAGUCAGAGUAAUCUCCCUGUUCUUUCUCCUACCUCUACAACCAUUGACUAUGAGGUCAUCAUGAAGCAGUGGAGAUACUGCUGUCUACUGGCAGCAAAUCUUUAUCAGGAGGGGUUAUUGGAUCGCCAUGAUUUCCUUGGUUGGCUGCUGGAGAUGGUGGAGAAAUGUCGAGGCUGGGAAGAUCCUAUUCUUCGUCUUGUGCUCCCCUUUGCCCUGCAGUAUAUUCAUGAAUUCACUCAAUCAGAGCUCUACUCGCGUAAAAUGGCCCAUACAUGUGCCUUAAAACUCACCCAGAUGGUUGAGGACUGGGCCUCUGGAUCUCGUCCUAAUAGCCCCAUUCCCAACCAGAGCCCAGGUGCAGCUGUGCAGAACUCACCAAGCCUUGCAUCUGUUUUUCGGGAAAUCAUGUUUUGCACUGCCAAUCGACCUCUUCUCCUCAACCUCACUGCUGUUCUCCAGAUUGUGACAUUAGAGUGUAGUACAGCAAUGGUGUGGAACAAUCUGUUGGACUGCAAAUGGGUGUUUCCUCUGAAUUUCUCUCCAUUGGACAUGGCACCUUGUGCUCCAUCUGUCAUGCCAUUGCCUCCAAGACCAGACAAUCAGCAUAUCCGGAGUCAGCUGCGAACAGCAGAGGAAGCAAUCAUCCAGAGAAGUCAGGCUGCUGAGGCAUGUUGGUCCAAUGAGAAACUCACUUCACAUACAGGUGCAAUGAUAGCAAAGGUCCUAUCAGCAUUGGAGUGCCUGGAUCGGCACAGCUUUGAUCGUGUGGACUCAAGUUCUGGGGCCAAUCCUCUAGACUCUCUCUACUCGAAAAUCUUUCAACCAACCUCUUCACCCAACUCACAGGAGCACCCUAUUGAUCCAAGUAGCAUCCCAGGAGAGGAAGCAGUUGUGACAGCUUUGUGUGAAUGGGCAGUGAGCGUCCAACGAUGGGGAGAGCAUCGUGGUCUUGUUGUGAGCAAACUCCUUGAACGACGACAGACUGAAUUGGUAUCUUCAAAUUCUGACAGAGAAUUGCCUGAUGAGAAAGAUUCUGUUUCAUCAGCUCAUCAAAGUCCCAUUGGAACUUAUCCCUAUCAAAAUCUUCUUUUCAAAUUCUUGGACUUGAAGGCACCUGUCAUUGACAAUACUCCAACGCCGCAAGCAAAGGCUGAGUUUGCCAACUUGGUGCUCCUCUUCUACGAACUCAUUCGCAAUGAUGUCUUUUCGCAUGAUGCAUACAUGUGCACACUCAUCUCCCGGGGUGAUUUGAAUCAGCAGGGUCCAGCAAAUCUGCCCACUCCAGCCCCUCCUGUUCCCAGUAGUUCUUCCUUCAAAAUCUCCCCUGAAAAGUCUCUCUUUGAAAGUCAUGACCCCCAUGGGCUUGACUUCGAUGAAGGGAUUCGUGAUGAUCUAAACAAACUGAUCCAACGAAUCUCGCAUGUGGACAAUCCUGAUUCCCCAAAAGAUGAACAUGGAGGUCCACUGGGAGGACGACUGGGACCCUUUGUAGCACCACCAGGGCUCACAGUGUCCCGUCACCUUCUCUACACAACCCACUUCCCCCUCCUCAUAGAAGAAUGGACUACACAUGAGAGCAAUCAACGCAGUGUUCUCCUUUUUGGUGUUGGAAGAACCCGGGAUGAAGCCCGGCAUCUCGUUAAGAAGAUCAACAAGGAGGUCACCCGGCUUUUCAACAAGAAAUUCAGUAUUGAUGUGGCUGAAGGUGGAAAAGUGAAGAAGUCCUGGAAGGGGGAAUAUUCCUUGGAGAUGCUGCAGAGCAAGUUUUCAUCCCUGUCCUACUUUGAUCAGCAUGCUGUGGUGUCAUCUGGCCUGAGCACAGUGAUUGAGAUGCUGGCUUCCUUCAUAUCCAGCUCUGGGUCUCAUCUACCCCUCCCUGAUCAUCUUGCAUUCCUCUUUUCUCUCAUGGAGAAUGCCCUUUACAUCCAUGGCAUGCUUGAGUUCUCUGUUCAGUUGCUGAAGGACUUACAUGAUGUUGAAGCAUUACUCAGUGGACGAGGGUCACUCAUCCUUGCAAACUAUGCUUCUCAGCUGGCAUUAUUUGUUGUUGGGAUUCUUCGCCGGUAUCACUGCUGCCUCCUCGUUUUUCCAGAGCUGACAGCCCAAGCAUUUGAAGCAUUGUGCAGGCUGGUGAAGAAUGUGACCAACCCAGCUGAUUGUUCAUCAACAGAGCGCUGCAUUCUUUCACACUUGGUGGACCUCUACACAUCAUCUCACUAUCUCAAGACCAAGCAUGAGUGGGAGUUUGGAUAUACAUUUGCCAAUGCAUAUCCAAAGAUAAAAAAUGUUCUCUAUGCUCCUCUUCAGCCUGCUACUUCCAAUCUUGUCUGGAAUACUGCUUUCAUGAAGGACUACUUUGUGGAUCCGAAGAUGAAGGUAGAUCCCCUACUUUUGAAGCAGUUGAAUGAAGCUCCUGGCAGUCGUUACAGCUUUGUCUGUAAUGCAAUUGAGGUGUGCAACACUGUUUUGGAUGCAUCUUCCAAUACUACUGAUGCUGAGCGCUUGAACAAUAUUGCUGCCCUCUGUGCAGAGAUGACAGCACGUUGCAAUGCCCUUUCCGCUGAAUGGCUUGGGGUGUUAACAGCAUUAUGCCAGAGUACUCCCGGAUACAUUGAUGUACAAGCAAGAUUGGAUGUCUCUGACCUCUCCCUUCACCGCAACCUUGCCACAUUCACUUCAGUCUUAGUGGCAAGACACACAUUCCCUCUAGAGGACUUUGUCAAGCAUGUUGCCAUCAAAUCUCUGGUCAAUGCUUGGAGGCGAGGGAACCCUGAAGCAGAGCCUGGAGCACGCCUGACAUGUCGUCUGCUUUUACAACUCUUCAAAACAGUGGAUUGUCCUUUGCAGCUACCUCUUCUAUCUGGACACCUUACUCCUUCAUCCCUGGGAUCAUCUUCUUCAAAAAGUUUUUCAAUGAACUGUGAUCGACACCUCCUCACUGCAGCUCAUACCAAUAUCAGUGUUGGGGCCAUAUUGGCAGUUCUCAAGGCCUUACUUCUUCUUGGAGACACAAAGCAGAGUGGGGGGGAUGGGAGCUGGCGAGGGGAAGGCGCACGAUCCAAUCCUCUGGAGCCUACAAUAUCUGAUAUCCUUGGCACUUCUGACCUGUCGUCCUCAUCUGCUCAUUCCUUCCUCAGUGGAGCAUUGAAGGGGGGUGUGAAGAGUGGAGUUGAGUCAGCCUCUUUAGAUGCCUAUGCCUCCCAUGUGCUCCUUCAGAUCUGUUCUCAGCCCUGGGUCAGGGAGAGAUUGCUUCGCAAUCCCGACCACCUUUGCACUCCAGAGUUGCUACUUGACAAUACAUUAUCUCAAACUCAGGCUCAACGAUUGCUCCGCUUGAUCUGCCACCCAGAUAGUCCACUGCCAGUGAUUGGUGAAAACUUUGAUCAGAAGCAGGCAAUAAGUCGACUACUUCAAACAUUGAAUCAGUGGAACUUGAGAGCAGCUUGGCUUGAUCUUCAGUUGAUGUUCAAGCAAUGUUUGAAUCCUCAAGCAGAACGCAAAUGGGUGGAAGCUGUUGCUCAGACCACCAUGGAUGCUUUCCAUGCUGCCCCUGACUCACCUGAUGCCCAGAAACAAAGUGGAGAUAAGGAUGAUACUCCUGAAGCCCUGUGGUUAAUUGCACCUCUUGUGGCCAAACUUCCGAAUGUUGUCCAAGCCCAAGUCCUCAAGGAAGCAGGAAACUUGCUGGAGAAUGGAAACCUGUCCUCAACAAAAGUAGGUGGGAAGGAGCGGGAAAAGGGGGGAGCAUCCAAGAAAGGGAAUCGUUUAACUCGAAAACAGCCAUUUUUGGCUCUCCUUCGUACAUGUCUCAAAGACCAGGAUAUGGAUCAGAAAGAAGUCCUCCUGGAAUCUCUUCAUCAGCAACUCAAGCAACUCACACAGCUAGUUCAUAGUGAUAAGCACUGCCUGUUUGAUGAUCAGUUUCGAUCUGUGCUGGGGGAAGCUCUGCAGCUGCGUCUGAGCAUUGUUGGCUGGAUGUUUGACACCAUCCAACAGUCUAUGAAUUUAAUGAAGGAGUUUGCUGAGCUCCUUGUCCAGCUCAUCUAUUAUGGGAUCAUUGAUACCAACAACAACAGUGAGCUUCUGAGCAUUCAACCAGAUGUUGGGGAACGGGAUCCAGCUGCAAUGCGCCUCGUUAGACAGCUUCUUCCUUUCCCCAAGAAGAUGGUGGAAGUCAUCACUGUGGAACCUAUGGGAACUCUCACUGACACCAAGGGUCAUCGCAUUGACUUCCAUAUGGACAAAAAACAGGGAUUACAAGUAUCAGAGAGGCAGAGAUUGAGCCCCUGGGAAGUAUUUGAAGGACAGCGUACCCCAGCCCCUCUUGCAUGGGCUUGGUUUGGUGCAACAAAAGUGGAACGGAAGUCCCUGCACUAUGAAGAAUCUCACCGCCUUCUUCUCCAUCAUGAUCAUAGUUUGAGGAAACCUGAUUCCUAUUUCUUAGAGCCACUCAUUCUGCCUCCAGAAGAUCUAGAACCCCCUCCUGAGAAGCAGAUGAAGGAAGAGGAGAAGAGUGGGAGGGACACUCCAGGCUCAUCAGAUUCCAUGCGGGGCAUUUCCAAAAGUGCCAAACGCCCAGCACGCAAGCGACGGCAGGGCCAGCAGAACCCACCACAGCAGCCACGAAUCAUGAAUGGACAGGCUCCCAUGCCGAGUCCAAUGGGUGGACCAGGAUUCCAGGGUGGAUUCCAAGGAGGACCAGGAGGGAUGUACCCUCAAGCCCCCCAACAACAGCAACAGCACUGGGGUUAUGGUAGUCAACAGGGCCCACCUUAUUACCCACCUCACAUGGGUCCUCCAGGACCAAGAUUUGAGAGGCCUCCACUGUCACAGAGCAAACAGGCACUGUCAACAAUGCUUAGGCAGAGACAUCCACAUGCAUCUCCUUAUAUGGGUGCUGGUGGAGGAGCUCCCCAGCAACCUCCCUUUGCAAACAUGAGAGGCAUGGUGCCAACUGCACAACAGGCACCCAUGAUGAGGUUCCCACCUCAAGGCAUGCCACAGAUGAAUCCAAGCAUGCCACAAAUGCAGCAAGGUGGAGCUGGAGGAGGAGGGUACAUGGGAGGCUAUGGAAAUCAGGGCAUGAUGGGAGAUGGGAAUCAAGGGAUGACAGGUGGAUUUCCCCAGGCAGGAUAUUCUGGAGGGCCAGGACCUGGACCAGGACCAGGCCCAGGUCCUCCCAUGCCCUUGAGAGGGAAUCAACCACAGGCCUUCAUGCAGGGCCCACGUCCUAUGGGACCACAAGUCCAAAGAUCCAUGUCUCCAUAUGGAAUGGGAAAUGGAAAUGUGAAUGUAAAUGUUCAAGGAGCUGGAAUGUAUCCUCCUCGUGGACCACCUAUGGGUCCACCCCAGAAUCCCAUGCAGUUCCAAAUGCGACAGCAGCAGAUGAUGGCAAUGCAGCAGCAACAGGCUCAGCCUCAACAGCAGCAGCAACAACAACAGCAGCAGCAGCAGCAGCAACAGCAGCAGCAAAUGAUGAAUCCACAGCAGCAGGGUGGAUCAGGGCCCCAGGGAGGGAUGAUGCCCAUGCGAGGGAUGACCCCUGGCCCGGUUCCCAAUAUGCCUCAGGGUUCUCAACAAGGGAUGUAUUCCCAGCCAUAUUGAGGAGAAUGGACAGGGGGUCCAGGGAAGGAUGACCCCAGCACAAUCCUAAGGACUGUCAAUCUACAAAAAUUCCUUGCCAUGAUGAGGAGAAUCCAAGAUCUCACCAUCAUCUAUUUAUUAUUAUUUUUUUAAUGUUACUGCCUG